AUGUGCAACAGAGGUGAACGCGGUAGAGGUGGACAACGUAGACAUGGCCAGGCGACUCGCGGAGCAUCGCCUGGUCCGCCAGGAAGACGUGGAGCACCCUCGGCGCGAAGGAGCCAAACAGGUCGGAGUCGCCAGCGUAGAGGCCGUGAUCGUGCCCGCGGAUUCUCCCCUACGACCGCAGAGUCCAUACAAGCACCACCAGAGGGAGAGGCCGAACUCGAUUCCCGCAUCAAGACAAUUGAAGAACGCUUGGAGAAGCUAACUUCCGAAAUUCCUGCAUCUAGUGCCUUCGUUCAUCCCAUAAGACCUGGCUUUGGGAAACAGGGCGAGGAGAUCCUUGUCCGAGCAAACUUCUUCGCAUUGAAGUUUACCGAGGGACUCAUAACUCACGACUAUAAUAUCCUCCGCGCGUUGGAAAAUACGCCCGACUUUGCGGCGUACAAGGGCAUCGUCGCCCAUGAUGACAGCCAACGUCUGGUGUCUGCGGUACCACUGCAGCAGCCACUGGUCAUCGAGUUUGAUUUUAUCGAAGACGAUGCAUGCCAGCCCGAACCAAAGAAGAAGUAUACCCAUCACCAUCACAAAGACGAGGGAAUGGGACGCAGAUGCACUAAGCAGAAAUAG